AUGCCAGGCUACCAAAAGGUGAAAAGGGGAAGCUACCUACUUGAGGACUGGAUCACGCGCAAAGAACUCAAGCGCACCAGUCCAUUCAAUGUGUGCUUCAGACCGGGGAGACAAGUUCUUAUGAGCAUGCGCUUUUAUCAUACUCGGCAUGAAAAAUCUAGUUGUCCCUCUUGUCACGCGGUCAAUCCAGAAUGGGGACGCUCCGAUGUGUGCUGUUCCAUUUGUGGCAUGCAGUAUCGCAGGAUAAUAGAAGUACUUGAAGAGGACGAAGAGCCACCUUCAGUUCGUUCUAGCACCGGGCCUAAGAUUCCUGCCGAAGCUGUUCCUGCAGAUGAGGAUAUUACCGAGUUUAAAAGGAUUCAAAUAGUGGCCCCACGCGAUUUCACGCGGCCUUUUGAUAAGAAGCGCAGUUCGAGGAUUUCGAACCUUGCCAGGCACUUUGAACAAUUAAGCCGCAAGUUUGAAAAGGACCGACAACGUGAAAGACGAGCACGAGCUGCACGGGGCUCUUAUUCACGCGCAUUCCCCCUUCCAUCCUCAAAGCCAAUUGUUGAGGUCUACCGGAACGUGAAAGAGGCUGUUGAAGAACGCUAA